AUCUGAGCAGACCACCUUCCAGAAGCUUGCUUUCAGCCUACAAUACAAUGAAUCGGCGUCCAAGGAACAAGAUAAACAAAGCCAAACGAACAGUGAAAAAAAGAAUGGACGAGAAAGUAACCACGGAGGAGGCAUUAGUCGGCUACGAACUAGAGGUUAUGCGAGAUGAACUCUUUCGUAUAAAUGAGAGAAAGAACCAGUUUAAUCAGGUUUUAAUAUCGAAAAUGCAGAGACUUGCAACGAUGCAAAACGAAGGAGUUCAGUACCUCACGGGGCUAGCUCACCAGGUGAAAGAUACAUUUGUAAAAGAGGGUCCACUAACUGACAGCUCAAAAGUACUUGAUUACAUGAAAGAGACUUGGAGCUUGAAAGACGCUGCAGAGAGAAGACUAAAGGAAAUUGAAUUCAAAAUAUUAUCAGUUCAGAGAGACACUGAAAAUACAAAAUUGGAAAUUGAAAAGUGGCAGAAAUUCG